GUUUUUCGCUGCUAACAGGAUUGAUCACAUGUGCGAAAAUAAUAAUUAUUAAAUCGAUUAUAAAACCGUAUAUUAAAACGGCCAAUUUAUUAUUUUGUACAUAAUUGAUAAAUUUAAUUAUAUUAUUACCUGAUAUUGGUGUAUAAUUAAAGUAUUGUUGAAUUGAAAUGAAAGUAACAAGCUAACCUCUCUGUGAUGUCUUGAUUUGUUAGGUUAUUAUAAUAUAAUAGUGAAAUCAUCAGUUCUGGAGCAUUUAUAAUUGUGUCAUAACAAAAUCGAAGAAUUUGAGUUCAACAAAAAACAAAAAAAAGUAGUGUAUGUGUGAAUAUUUUUUCAUAAAAAUGAUUAUAAAGGAUUAUCGGAUUAUCAAUGGAUAAAUGAUUAACAAAAUUUCAAAUUUAAAAGAAAAUUUUUUUUUUUCUUCUAAAUAUUUAUUUUACAUCAAUUGCUUCCGAGCUGCUCCAAAAUAACAGCGGACAAUAAUGAUAACAGUGCUCACGCAAUAUGGCGAUCUGCUCGUGAAAACACGUUCGUUUUGCGCAGUAAAACGUAUUUUAUCGUUUUAGUCAAGAGAAGGAAGUAAAUAUUAAGCAUCCCUUAUGUAGUCGAUGAGGCUCAGGUUAGGGACAAACUGUGCAUUGAACAGAGUGUGAUGAGUAACAGUGGUUUUCGAGGAAGAGGCUUCGGACCGCGAAGUAAUCGUCCACAAAAACCACAUGGUGGUUUUAAUGGUCCACAUCCAAAUUUCACACAAAAUCGACGAUCAAAUCAAAAUCAUCAAAAUUUUAAUUUAAAUCAGAAUUUUGGAUCAAAUCGAAGACAAGGUCGAUCACCAGGCGGUGGUGGACAAGAUGGUUGGCGGGAUAAUUCCGAAAGAUUUAAUCGACAUUCAAAUAAUGGACCACAAUUUCAGGGACAUAAUAUUGGACACAAUCAGGGACACCAAAGACAUUUCUAUAAUAAUGGACCGGGAAAUUUUCACGGUGGUUUCCGACCGGUACGAUUUCCGGGUCCCCAUGGUAGGGGACCAAUUAGAGAUAAUGAACGAAUUAAUCCACAGCGACUUCAACAGCAGCAGCAGCAACAACAACAACAACAACAACAACAACAAUUACAGCAACAUAGAUAUAUUCGCGAUGGUGAGAAAAGAAAUUUUUUUGAUGAUUAUCAGGAACCGCAUUUGGGUUCAGAGGAGGAACGACAACAGAAAAUAUCCAAGACGGUGGAUAAAUUAAAACAAACAUUAUCAUCAUUUACUGAGGAGGAUAGUAUUAAUUUUUGGGAGGAUAAUUUUUCACCACAAUCUAUUGGAUCUGAUGAUCCAUCAACAUCACAAAAAGGUAUACCAGAACUCAGGCACGGUCCACCUGAAUUAGAUUUAACGUUUAAUGAUUUUAAAGUCAUUGGACGUGUUGAUUUGGAUACAUCAACAUUAAGGAAUGAUACAAAUAUCAUUGGAAACGAACAGGAUAAUACUGUAUUCAAUGGCACGAAUGAGAAACCAAAAUUGUCGAGGCAAGGCUCAAAAGAUGGUGAUCCAUUUGGAGAAGAUUGUUUAUAUUUGGAUGAUCCGCAAGAGGAAGCAUUUAUUGCUCAACUCGAUACAAGAAUUGCAAAUUGUGAUGUGAAUUUUUCACAACCAACAACAUCGAAUGUCAAUGAUGUUACUGAAUUUACAACACAAGAUCAAGUUGAUAAUCAAUCAGUUGAAUUUCUCGCAAGUGGAAAAAUAAUGUCCGAAUUUCAAAUUGAAGAAAGAAACGAUUUAUUGUGUGAGAAUAGUGAAAAUUUACAAUUUGACAUUGAUCCUCCAUUCGCUGAAAAUGUCACCGAUCCAGUACAAAGUGAAUUAUCAAAUUUUAAUAAUGGCACAUUAUUUGAUCAAACAAUUGAAGCGAAUUUUGAAGAAACAACAGAUAAUGAAGUUGUAACAUCUGUUGAUUUUGAAAAUGAAACUGUAAUCGAUAAUGAUUUACAGGAGUCGAAUUUUCGAUUUGAAAAAACAAAUUCAAAUCAAGAAGAGAUUCAAUUGCAGGAUGAUUAUGCUGAUGAUAAUGAUUUUGUCGGCAAUCGUCAACAAUCUGAUGUUCAACUCUUCACUGCCUUUAAAUCGACCGAGCCGCCAAAGGAAAUUCUUCAAGAGGAAUCACAAAGUUCAAAUUUCGAACAACAGGACGUUAAUACAAGGCUAUCGGUUGAUAUUGAACCAUCGACAGAUAUUCUUCAAAAUCAAAGUGAAUUACAAGAUUUACAAUCUGCAUUUGAUCAAAGUCAAGGGCAGGUGCAAAUUUUCGAUUCAAUUGAAGCAUUACCCGAAUUAUCGCAACAGGAAUCGAAUUUAUUUUUCGAGCAAUUAGAUCAAAUGGAGGGUAAUUUCCCUCAACCGGAUCAAGAUUCAACAUGUAAAGAAGAUAAUAAAGUCCCUGAUGAUAAUGAUGAAUUAAGUAAUCAAUCAAAAGAGAAAACAUUUGUCAAUAAUAUUCCAGAAGUUCAAUCUGGUGAUGAGACACAAAAUUCCCUAUUUGAUUCGAGCCGCGAACAAAAUGAAUCAUCCGAAACCCAAGUACCUCUAGAACCACCACCAAUUUUUGAAUUACAGGAAUUAAUGCAUCAAUAUGAUUCCCCGGAUUCUUCGGAUUCAUUUAAAACACACAAAAAACCACUUGAACCGCCACCAAUGUUCGAUCCAAUGGAAGCAUUUCCCGAUCUUCUUGAUGAAUCAAAUGAGCCAUUUGAAACACAGCAAAAUCAAGAAAAACCCCUUGAACCACCGCCAAUGUUUGAAUUUAUUCAAGAAUGUGAUACUAAACCAAUUGUGAAUAUAAAAAAAUCCAAAAAGCUCGAUCAUCGGGAAGAACAUUCAAAUUCAUCAUUUGAUAUGAAACAAAAUAAUGAUAUUCUUCAACCACCACCGGCAUUUGAUCCACGUGGACCACCGCCAACUGUAACAAUUAUCGAGGAAAAAGGAUUUAAAUCCCAUAAUUUUGAAGAUGUGAUACAACCACCAAAAGUAUUUGAUCCAAGACUCUCGUCACAACAAAGAAUGGAUUUUGUUGCAACAAAUGAAAUUGUCCCACCCACAUGGCCCUCUGGUAUUACAGAUUAUACAAAUUAUGUUCCAUCAAUGCACGUACCGCCAAUGGCACAACCCGCUGGAUUUAUUCCACCAUUCACUAUUCCAUCAGUAAUUCCAACAAUGCCACCAACACUUCCCGAUUAUCCACCACCAUUACCACAAGAUCAUCAAGCACCACCUCCAUUACCCGUUGAACCACCCAAUAUUCCCGAAUCAUUAUCAAUGCUCAACAUGGAGGAUGAACUCGAAGAAAUGCAAGAAGCAAUGGAAUUUGCCAAACAAUUAAUGAACAUGACAGAGAGUAAUGGUGAGAAAAAUACCGAUAUUGAUAUUGAAAUAAAACGUGAAAAAAAAUCGAAAAAAUCAAAAAAUGAUAAAAAAGAUUCAACAAAUAAAGAAUCGAAAAAAGAGGAGAAAAGAAAAAAAAUUGAAUAUGGACCAGCGCCAUUAAUUGAUUUACCACCGAAUGAUACAAAUGAGGAAGAAUCACGUUUACAAGAACCAGAAAUUGAAGACGAUGGUCAAGUAGCCGAUGAUCAAAUGAGACCAAAAGUUGUUUUUAAUUUAAAUAAAAUUAAACGAAUACAUAAAGUUGAUGAAUGGCAACAACAAUUGCAAGCCGAUGAAAAUGAAGAUUUACGAACAAGAAAGAAAAAAUUAAAGGAAAAAGAAAUAUUACAAGAAACAAAUGAAACAAAUGAUAAAGACGAUGAGAAACGUAAAAGAAGACGUUCAAAGGAUAAUAAUAAUAAAAAAGAAGAGAAACCAUCAACAUCUUAUGAAAAGGAACAACAAAAGAAAUCAGGUAAAAAAGAAACGGCUGCCAAUCAAGAAAUAUGGCGUAAUCGUGUGAUUAAUCAAUUUUUAAAAAUGAGUAAAAAUGAUAUUAAUAAUAUGAUUAAUAAUACAAGUUUGAGACGUUUUGAUAUGGCAAUGAAACAAUUGGUAAAGGAACGUAAAACAUCAUUGUCACAAGAAAUGAGAAUAUCAGAAGAGGAAAAAGUUCAAAAUUAUGAUGGUGAUCAAUUUAUGACACAAUUAAGCGCAAUGCUUGAUCCUGGUGUACGUGAAUCGGUUGAUAUUACAAAUUUACCAACUGAAUUUAUUCAACAUUUAAGCGCUGUUUUACAUUUGGAUCCAAUGCCUGGUGGUGAGGAUGGUGAAAUUGAAAUGAUGAAUUCAGAGGAUUUUCUACAACAAAUGGUACUUGCCAAUAAAAAACAUCAACAGGAACAACAAAUUAUUUCUGAGGAUGAAUAUACACAUUUACCAAAACAAACAUCACCGCAAACUUCAAUUACUAUUCAACCAGUUGUUGAAAAAAAGAGAAAUCGUCAUCAUGAAAAGAAAAUUGUUCACGUUAUUCGAGUUAAGGAUACAAAUAAUCAGAGUGAAUCUCACGAACAAGCAUCACGAUUAUUAAAAGAGGGAAAAUCGUCGCGCGAACGAGAAAAUGGCGAUGUGACAUUUCGAAAUUCAUUGAGGGAAAAUCAAGCAUUAAGAGAGGCACAAAUUCGUGAGGCACAUUUGAGGGAUAUACAAAUUCGCGAACAACAAGCACGUGAACAAAUUCUUCGUGAACAACGUGAACAACGUGAACAGGAAUUAAAGGAACAACAAGCAUUGAAAGAACAACAGGCGCGUGAAGCUCGCGAGGCAAAAAUACGUGAGACAAAAGUACGUGAGGCAAAAUUACGUGAAGCUCAACGUGAAGCACAACGUGAAGCCGAAAUUAAAGAAUUAAAGAAAAAACAAGCACAUUUAAAAGCACAACUUGCACGCGAAUUACUUGAGAGUGGAUCAACAACAAAUUUAGGUACUGAAAGUCCAGCUCAUCUUACAUCUGUUCUUGAUGAUAUUUUUAAACCAGGUAUACCAAAAGGAAAACCUGUAAAUGUUACUAGUAAUGUUGUUAUUGAACCACCACGUACAAAACCAAAUCGAAGUGAAGUUGUUACAAAACCACCGGGUAAAUAUCCAACACUUGGCACCAUGGAACGUACAUUAGACGAUAUAUUUAGCGCUGGUAUUGCAAAGGCAAAAGCCUCAUCGAAACCAAUUGCCGAACAAAGUUUAGAACUUCAACAAAUGUGGACGCGAAAAAAGCGGGAAAAUGUUGAUACAUUUAGAAAUUUAACCAAAGAAGAAUGGGAAGCAAAACAUGGACGUACAAUGAGUGAUACUUUAGAAAAAGAAUUCAAUGCUUUAAUGUUACGACGAGCUGACAAUGAAUUACAUUCAAAAGCAAAAGAAACACGAUCACUUGAGAUAAACGAACGAUCUCAAAAGAAAUCUUAUCAAUGGGACGAAACACCAGUUCCUGAGAGGAAUAACGAUGAAAGUGCCGAACGAUUACUUGCUCGUCAACAAAAAGAACAUCUUGAAGAUGGUGAAAUAACAGAAAGCGAUGGCGACAGUGAAAAUGAUAGUUCAUCGAGUUCAUCAACGUCAAGCGAUAGUACAAGCAGUGAAAAUAUUGCACCUGAUGUUACAAAAUUACUCAAAGUUAUUAAGGAACGUGAAAAAGUUGCAAAGAAAAAAUCUUUAAAUGAAGCAAUUCGCGAUGAAGUUGCCGCCGAUAUUGAAAAACGUAAACGUGAAAAAGAACGACAUAAAGAAAAAAAAUCGCGUAAACGAAAAAAGCGUGAGAAAAAAGGUAAAAAGAAAAAGAAAACACGUCGACAUAAGAAGAAAACUAAACGUAAUUCAAUAUCCGGUUCGGAGAAAGAAAUACCAAUGAAAUUAUUAACUGAAGAUGAGAUUAAAAAAGAAGUGAAAACUGAACCAAUAACACCUGAUGAAAAACGUAGUGAAAAAAAAUUGCCAAUUUCACAAAAUAAAGAUUCAUCAAUUCGAACAAUUGUUCAUUCACCAGUUAAGGUAAAUGUCGAUUAUGGACAGGUGAAAAUGCAAUCAAUGAAAACGAAAGCCCAAUUGAAACAAAUGCCAGAAACAACAGAAUCACCACCGCAAACUGAUGAUAAUAACGCGACACAAUUGUCUAAUUAUCGCACUAAUGCUGAAACACAGACAAUAACACAAGGUAAAAAUCAAGUUCAAAUUCCCGAGGUGAAUGAAACUAUUGUUUCGAGUGAUAAUUUGCCAAAGGAAGUGGAAAAAGAAAAAGAGACUGAAAAAGAAGAACAAGAAGAAGAACAAGAAAAAGAACAAGAACAAGUGAAAGAAAAGGAAAACGAAAUGGAAAAACAGAAAGUGGAGGAAAAAUUGGAGUCAUCUGAAAAUGAUGAAAAAAUUUCAAAUGUAAUUCAAGACACAGAAAUGAAUAAAGUUGAAAAAACAUCUGAGACAAAAAUCUCUUCUCCUGUUGAGGCGAAAAUCUCCGAGGAACCAUUAAAAACGUGUAAAAAGUCACAAAUUUCGUCGAAGAAUGUAACUAAAACAACAAAAACCAAGGGAAAAAAUCAAUUAAAAAGUGGCGAUGAUAAGAAGACAAAACGAAUUGACAUUCAAGCAUAUAAAGCACGAACACUCGAACGAAAGAAAAAGGAACAACAAAAGAUGAAGGAAAUUGUUCAAAAUCCAAUUUCAUUAACAACAAAUCUUCUAAAUAUUCCCAUAGCAAGUAAAUCACGUGUUAUUGAAACUUCUAACGAGGGUAAAAAGACAAAUGAAAAUAAUAAACAAAAUAAAAUUAUCGAAAGUAAUAAAAAAAUUGAGGAAAUGGAAAAUAAUCGAAUUAUAAAUCAAAAAUUAAAUAACGACGAAUCUAAAAUAAUUUCACGUGAUCCUCGUCUUGCCGCUAAAGCAGCACAAGAGAUAAUUACACCAACUAAACUUGAUCCAAAUAAAAAUAAUGUCAACGAUAAAGAAAUGGAAGACGAAUGUAAAUUUAAAUUCAUAAAAUCUGAAGGUGGAAAAGAAUUGAAAUUAAAAAAUAAACCAAAGAUUGUUAAGAAAAUAAAAAAUCAAUUAACACCACUUGUUGUUAUUGAGAAAAAAAUUGAAACACCAAUUAGACGAUCAUCAAUAUCAUCAGAGUCAGAUCAAUCAAGUUGUUCACAAACAAAAACAAUUGAAAUAAAAAGAAAACAAGAGAAAUGCGAAUUAAUUUUAAAGAAAAAUAAAAACGAUUUAAAAAUAUUGAAACACGAUAAUAAAAAAAUUGACAUUUCAUCUGAAAUUAAUACGGAGAAAAUAUCUAAAGAAAAAUUAUCUUCUGAUAAUAAAGUUAAUAGUAAAAAGAUUGAUAUUAAAGAAAAAACAAUUAAAACACACGUGAAAUUAUUAAAUAUUGAAAAUUCAAAAGAAACAACACAAGCUUAUAAACCAGUGAGAAAAUUAAAAGUUUAUGGUAAAAAUUCACAAACAACAAUAAAAAAGAAAAAAUUAAUAAGCGAUGCACUUCCAGAUACAGUACCAUCAGAAGAGAUAGCAAAAUAUUAUGCAAUGGAAAUUGAAAAUUAUCCUAAUAUUUUACAGGAUUUAAUUGAAGAUCCAAUUGAUGUUUGUCCAGCAAAAGAAGUAUUUUUUGGCAAUAUGUCAUUAAAGGAGGAUGAUAUUUCCGAUAUAAAAUCAACUUUUGAUAUUGAAGAUGAACAAAAAAGUAAACAAUUAAUUAUUGAGGAUAUAAAUCCAAUGGAAAAUAUUUUUGAUAAUGUUGUCCUUGAAGCUGAUUUACAAGAAACAAAUAUUGUUUAUUCAGAUAUAAAUUCAUGUGUAUUAUCACCAAAAACUGAUGAAAUAUUUGAUGAACAAAGUGUUGAAAAACCAGAACUUUUUCAUUUUGGUAUUGACGAUAGUGAUACAAAUUUAAGAUUAAAUGAUGAUUUACCACCAAUUUUAACUGAACGCGAAAUUGAUUUACCAUUAAGUGAAGUUGAAAAAUUAAAUAACAAAUCGCUUAUCGAACAAUUAGAUGAAAGUGUCAGUGAACAAUUUUUAAUUAAAGACAAUGUUAGAUUAGAAAUGCCAGACACGGUUUUCGAUAAAAAAGAAGAACCCGAAGAAAGUGUUAAACAACUAUUUGAUUCUGAAAUUGUAAAAAAUCCCAUCGAUAGUGUUUUUGAAAAUGUUUUUGAUAAUAAUGAAUUGAAAACUCCCGCGAUUGAAGUAACGCCAUCUAUAAUUUGUCACGUGACACAUAGUGAAUCGCGCGAAACCGGCGAUUUGAGUCAUUUGCUAAACGAAAGUUCGCACGUGGAUAUCGUUGAUACGAAAGAAAAAUCUCUAAGUGAAAUUGAAUUUAAUUCGAAUAUUAUUAAUCAAGAGGAAAAAAAGUGCGUGGAAUAUUUAGUAAGUGAUGAUAAAGAAAAAACAAUGCAAAUUGACGACAAUAAUAAAGACGAAUCACAAAUUAAUUCGAAAUCUCCUAUUACAAUUUCUAAUGAUAAUGAAAAUUCACAAUCCCCAUCUGAAUUUAUACUAAUUGAAAAUGAUUUACCUCUUUUAGCCAAAAAAUCCAAUGAUAGUGAUGAUAAAUUAGAAAUUGAUUCAAUAAACAAUUCAACAAUUGAGGUUAAGUCGAACAAUAAACCGAAAAAACUUUCCGAAAUUGUGCUUCAGUCAGGUGUUAUGAUUGUUAAAGAUAAUUACGAACAAAAAAUAGGUAAUGAAUUGUUAAACGAUAAUAAUAAAUGUUUAGUUAAAUCUGAUCUUCCAAGUCUUGUUUCAGAAAUAAUAUUGGAUGAAAAAGAGGCAAGUGUUGAGGAGAAUAUUGUAAAUCAGGAAAAAGUGGAAAAUUCAACAGAUUUUGAGGUUAGGUUGAAUCCAAGUGAAACGGAAACUGUACAUUCAAAAAUGGAAGAUAAAGAUGAAUUGAAAUCGGAGAAAUCUUUACAUAAAUUAAAACGUAGAAGAAGAAUGAAAAGAAAGAAAGAUAAGAAGAUCAAGGACGAGAUAAAAGAUGCUAUUAAACAAUCAGUGAAACCAGUCACAACACAAUCACUUGUUGCAAGAAUGAAAGAAAUUGACGAUGAAAUACAAAAAUUAAUGCUUGAAAAGCAAAAACUUUAUCAAAUGAUGGCCGAUGCAUCAACAAAGGAUAAUAAUGAGAUAAAUUCAUUGAAUUCAGAUAUUGAUAAAAGAUCGAAAAUUUCAAGUCCCGAGGAUGAUGAAAUUGCAUCAUUUGAAAAAGAAUUAUCAACACCAAUUAAAGAAAGUUCAAUAAUAAAAGAAAAAUCUUCGAAAAUAAAAAAAUUAUCAAUUAAUAGUGAUGAUGAGGAAAUUGGAAAAAUUUCCGAAAAGAAAACAAAAAAAUUAACAAAAACUGAACGUUCACAAUCAAAAUUACGAAAGACAACAUUAACUGAUUCAAGUUCUGAAGAUGAAGAAAUUAAAAGAAUCACCAAGGAGAAACAAAAGAAAUUAACAAAAGGUCGACACAAAAAACAUAUAAAUUCCGAUGAUGAUGAAGAACAAGAAAAUAUAUCACUCGAUAGAUUAAAAAAAUUAGCCGAAAGAUCACAAUCAAGAAUGAAAAAAAAUGUCACCAUCGAAGCAGAAAAUGAGGAAAUUGAUAAACGUGAGAAAAAAGAAGAAAUAAAAAUAUCGAAACGACCAAAAAGUGUUAUGAAAGUGACAAAAAAAUCAUCAAGUGAAGAUGAUAAUGAAAAGAAGAAUAAAAAAAUUCAAAGAAGACCAAAAAGUGCGAUGAAAUUAUUUUCAGAAAAAUUUAGCGACGAUGACGAUAAGAAAUUAAAGAAAAAAUUUGAUAUUACAAAACGACCAAAAAGUGCAAUGAAAAUAACAUCAAAAGUAACAGAAAGUUCCGAAGUAACAAGUGGCGAUGAAGAAGUUGCAAUGUUAAAUUUAAAUAAUAAAAAACCAUCAUUAAAAAAUACAAUAGACACACAACGAAUACGUCCAAAAAGUGCAAUGAAACCAACAAUAUCAAAAUUAAUUCCCAGCAGCGGUGAUGAUGAUGAUUUGAAAAAACGUGAAGAAAAAAUGAAAAUAACAAAAAAAAUUGAAAUUAGUCGCAAACGUCCCAAGAGUGUAAUGAUGAAAAGUUCAAAAAGUGAUAAUGAUGAUGAUGAUGAAGAACAAGAAAUUGCUGUGAAAAAAAAGAAAAUCAAAGAACUUCCAUCGCUUAAUACAUCAGAGAAAAUAUUCGUGAAAAUUAAGGGAAAACAUGAACGUGAUAAAUUCAAAAAGAAAGAUUCACCGGAGAAAAAAGUUCAAAUAGUGGAAAAUAAAAAUGAUGAGGAAAAAAUAAAUAAAAAAUUAAUAAAAGGCGCAUCGACAGCAGCAUUAAUAAAUCGUUUUGAGGCAGCGACAAAAAAGAAAUUUGAAACAAGUCCAAAAUCAGAGAAAUCAAAAAAAGUUCCAAGUCCAAGAAAAGAAAAAAAAGAUAAUGAAUUUUUAGAUAAAAAACACGUUAAAGUUAAAGCUAUUGACACAGCAUUAAUUUAUUCCGAUGAAAGUAUUCUCGAACCAUUAGAAUCGUCAAAGGAUAAAACAAAGAAAAAUAAUACUGCACUUGGUCUACUUGAACAAUCAUUUAAACGUGAAAUGGCCGAAGCAAAAAAAGCAAAAGCCGUUGAAAAGAAGAAAAAAAUGCAAGAAAAUGAAAUAAUUUCCAAAGAUGAAAAAGAAGAAUCAAAAGAAAAUGAAAAAAUUGACACAAAAUUAGAACCGCCAAGUUUGCCAAUAUCACAGGAAAAUGAAAUAUCGAAAAAUCUCUUAAUUAGCGAAAUUAAUGAAGAGGAAUGUCGUCUAAAUGAGGAAGUACAACGAAUUAAUUCCACAUUAGAUAAAUCUGUCAAUGAUACUCAAAAUAAUUUAAUUGAAAUAAAUCAGAAAGCUCAAGAAACAAUUAUAGAGGAAAAAAAUCAAUUAACAAGUCCAACUGAUUCGGAACAACAAAUAUUUUCACAUCCAAAUUUUAAAGAAUUCUCCGAUAAAGAUUCAACACGUUCAGCAUUGAUGUCACCAAUAUCUGAUGAUUCAUCAAUAUCAAUUGAUUCAACACGUAAACGUAAAAGACCAACAAGAAGUUUAUCACGUGCCGGAAGAUCAAGUCAACCAACACGACGAAGUUCACGUCAUUUGGAAAGUGAAGAUGAACGUUCACGAACAUGUGGUAAUUCAAUUGCAAAUACACCAGAACCACCGCAAAAAAAGAAGAAAGUCAAUGAAAAAAUACUUUAUUCAACGAUACGUGAUUUAAUAAAAUUGGAAUUACGUACAAAACGAAAAGAUCGAAAAAAACGUAAAUUAACACAAGAUGAAAUGGAAAAUUGUAAAGUAAAAUUAGUUGACAUUAAAUAUACCUAUAUGAAAGAUGAUUUACCAAAUGGUGUAUUAAAACGUCUUGGUUUAACGAAAAUUAAUGUUUUCAAUAAAAAUCCAUUGGAAAAUUCAAUUUUAUUACAUCAAGAAAUUAUGAAUAUGCAACAAGUUCGAAGAUUUUCAAUAGAUGAAAAUUUUAUCACUGAUUCAGGUAGUAAAAAUUCCGAGACAACAAUGUAUAUAUUAAAACCAUAUUCGGGGAAAAAACUUGAAAUUGUGAAAAUUAAUUCAGAAAAUGAUUUAACGAAUCAAGAAGUGCCAAUUGAAGAAAUGAAAUCGAAAAUAGCGGAAAUUGAAAAAGAAGCAAAGGCCAAAAAAGAGAAUGAAAAGGAAAAAGAACAAGAGGAGAAAAAUAAUAUCAAUUUAAAGAAGAACGAAGAGAAAGAAAAGAAUGAAGAAACAAAAGAAGUGGAGAAAAAUGAUUUGCCCAAAGGAAAACAGGAAGAAACCGAGAAAGAGAUUAAUAAAGAAACAGGUGAAAAAGAAAUUAUUGAACCAGUGAAAGAAAUCAAUGAACCAACAAAAGAAAUCGAGGAAUCAGCAAAAGGAAUUAUAAACAUAAAAGAAUUAUCGAAAGAAACAAAUGAAUUGGAAAAAGAAGAAAAAACUAUUUCAAUAAUAAAGAAAAAUAAUAAAUCAGAGAAAGAAAAAGACAGUGAUAAUUUAAAUACUCAACAAAAUUUUGAUAACAAUGAAUUAACAUUAACAAAUGGACCUAAUGUAACGGAGGAAAAUAAAAUUCAAUCCCAACAGAAUAUGGAAGUGGACAAUACGGAUGUUGGCGAGAUUUCAAAAAUUCAAUACACUGUUCAUAAGGGACCGAUUUUAGAUAUCAAGAUCAUUGGCGAUUCAUUCUUGGCUGCAAGUGAGGAUGGAGCAAUUUAUCGAUACAGUUUGACCUCGAAUGGAAUUUUAAAUAUUUACAAAGGUCAUACACAUGCAGUUACGUGCCUUUAUGUUUUAAAUCCUGAUACGGCAAAUUUAAAUCGACAAUGGAUGUACUCUGGCUCUUUGGAUGGACAUAUGCGCUGUUAUGACAUUUCGACUGGAGAACAAAUGCAAAGUCCAAUUAUUAUGGGAAGUGCUGUACAGUGUAUGGAUCAAGCAUGGGGAGCUAUUUUCAUUGGCACCACUUCAGGUCACGUUGCCCGUUAUCACAUAAAGGCAUCAUCCCUAAAAGGAGAUAGAAUUCAAUUUUCGAAUAAAUCAGUUUUGGCAUUAAAAGCGACAAAUGAAGGACCAAGAAAAGUUCUUAUUGUCGCAUCACGAAAUCAACCGAUAACAAUACGCGACGCUUUUACUGGAUUAUUUCUACGACAAAUAAGUGGUCAAAGAAAUUACACGGUUUAUAGUUUGCUGAGGCACAAUAGUUUGAUUUAUUUUGGCACCAGUAGCACGUCCAUUCCCGUUUAUGACUUCGUUACCGGUGAACAGAAAGUACAAUACAAUGCCGGUGUUGGUAUUGUGUGUAUGUAUUUGUAUGAAAGACUUUUAUUUGCUGGUUGUUAUGACGGAAAUAUUUAUAUUUUCGAUGUUAAGGAGAAGAAAUUAGUGUGCAGUAUUCCUGGCCCGGGAAAAAUGCUCUUGAGUAUGGCCAUUGUAAAUAAGAGGAUAAUUGCUGGCAGUAAAGAUAGAAGUCUUCAUUGCUGGCAAAUGCCAAAGCAGGCCCAGGAAUUGCUAGAUGAAAAUACAUAGCAGCGAGGGAGGUGCACCAAUGACGAAUCUAGUCAAGUGUGAGCUCAAUCGUCAGAAAAAGAAAAGAAAACAAAUUUUUGAUGUUCACCAUGAAAAACAACUAGAAAUACUAAAAAAAAAAACAUUUUUUGAAAAAACAAAUGUGUUUUUGGGUCUAACGCAAAGAUGGAUCGCAUUGUACAAAAUCCAUAAAUCUCGACUCAUCCGAAUUCUAAUUCUAAAUACGUAAAAAAAGUUCAUUAAUCUAGUAACUGUCCCCCCCUUCUUUCUCUCUCUAAUUCUUUAAAAAGAAAAAGCAGUGCUGAUUUUAAUAGUAGAGAUAAUUCAGCUUUUUUUCCUGAUUUCAUUUGACAUGAAAAAAAAAAAAAAAAUGUUAUCAAGAUUUACAUUAUAAGACAGUUGCCAGAUUUACGACUGAUAAAUACUUGUACAGAUAAACGAUGUAUAGACGAUUAUUAUAUUAUAUUAUUAUUGAUAAUAUUAUAUUAUAUUAUAUUAUAUAGCUGUAAUGUAAUUAGAUAGAAAGAAAGCACCUACUAAAAAAAAAAAAGGCGUUUAAAAGUGCGUUAUCAAAUAAGUCUACUGUAGAUUGUUUAUCUUGUAUAGUUUCCUACGGAUCGAUGAUAUUUUUGCUUUAAAAAAAAAAAAUUAUAAACCGUGCAUCAUCGAGUCCGUUGGGUAAAAUAUUUUAUUUUAUUUUUUUUUUUUUAAUUUUUUUUUUUUUUAGGACUGUGCGAAUGCCUUUCUUUGAGAACCUUUAUAUUAGUAAAUUCGGUUUGUACAGACGAAAUUCAAAAUGUGAAACUCCGUUUGCUUGACUCAAUGUUUCUUGCGCUUUAUAAAUUCAAAUAAUAAAUUUUUAUUCGCGCAGCUCUAUAUUUUUGUUAGAAUCUUUUAUUUGUGAUGAAAUUGAUUUUUUAAUAUCGAUUUAAAAAAAUUAAAAAUUAAAAAAAAAACAGAUCUUUAUCGAUUGUUAGAGAUUUUUCACUCUUAUUUUUUAAUGAAAUGCGAAACACAAUUGUCGAUAUAUUGUAGAUUUACAAAAAAAAAAAAAAAAAAAAAAAAAGAAAAAAAAAAGAAAAUGUAAUAAAUAAAUGCACAGUCGUUGGUGCACUUUUGUCAUAUCUUAACAGGAAAAAAGAAAAAAAAAGGAAAAAAAAAAAAAGUUAAAUUUUAUUAUUAAGAAUAUUUUUUAAAUGUUUUCUUUAUUAUCAUCAUCAUUAUCAUCAUUGUUUUACACGCGCGCAAAUAUUCGUGUAAACUAAAAUAAAUUUAGUUGAGCGAAUUAAUUUUUUCAAUUUUCUCUUACAAUAAAAAACAAAAAAGUGUUUUUAAAACACUGAGUCAGUGGACGAUGUCCAAAAAAUAAAAAUCAUUCGCCAAUUGUUUUGUCGCGAAUAUUUGAAAAUCUUGUAUCUUUAAAAAAAAAAGAAAAUAAUAAUGAGCAAAAGAAAAUGAAAAAAAAGUAUAUAUAAAUAAUAAAAGAAAAAAAAGUUAUUUGAUAUAAAUUUAAGUGAGAAUGAUCAAGGCUAUGAGGCGUUUCACAUUGUCAGUUUGCUGAAAGUUUAUACUAAUUCUUCAAUGCCGAAAAAAUAUAAACGACUUAAUGUA